AGGAAUUAUUAAUCUCUUGCCGUUAAGCGAGAAAAAUACGCGGGAUGAAGAGCGGGAACGAGCCGUGGACCUUUCUGUUACAAAUCGCUAGCACUGGAGCCACGUGUCAUCUCCAGGUGAGCUUUCGCGGAGGCGAACCUUCGGGGGGAGUCGGAGAGAGGAAGGUUUGUUUUGGAAACGUCGCGUAGCGUCGCAGCAAAAUGGACCAACGUAUAGGCGAUGUGCGCGCGCGCAGCGCGCACCAGAUGGUCGUCGGUGGUGACGAUACUUUUAGCCCGGUGGGCGGCUGGCUGAGGGGUGGUUUUAUCGACCAGGAUACGCGAAUCUCACUGAAAAGGUUCAGUAGUCGCGGGACCAGCACCCCGUCAGAACGGCUUUCGCUAAAACGCCUCAUACGCGGACGCUUCUACGGUGCUCCCGUUUUUUCUCUUUCUCUCUUUCUCUCUCUCCCCCCGUUUCCUCCACUUCUCUCACCCUCCGCACUCUCUCCUCUCGAUCCUCCUCUCGGCACAGUUGUCCAGCUUCGCCCCUCGCUUUCCGCUCCCUCGCGCGCAAGGUGUCUCGCGACGGCCGCGGCGAAAACACGACGUGAACCGAGGAGGAGGAGGGUGCCAUAUUCUCGCGUACGAGCGAUCCUGGAUUUAGCUGCAGCAAAAUGAUCACCGCGUUACCGGUACCUUCGGUGAAGGUCUUCCACAAGACCUACUACCAGGAGAAGAACUCGCGGAUCGGAAACAGCCAGCCGGGUAGCCCGCUGGCGGAGAGCGAGGCGGUGCUGGCGAUGCUAGACAAGGAGCCGCCGGAGUACUAUUUCUGCGGGAAGGUCAACUCGCUGUACGUCGUCGUCGGCUCGCUGCUGCUGGGGGCCGUGGUGCUGGUCGUCGGUCUGGUGCAACUCGCGCCGGGCGCGGAGGCCGCCCGGAAUUCGGCCGCUCUGAUCGCCACCGGAAGCGGCCUGCUCGUGAUAGGGGUGUUCCUCGCGCCCCUGCGAGCCGUCUGCAUCAGGAAGCAGACCGCGGGCCAGAAGGACGGCACCCAUCAGCGCAGCGUCACCAGCAUAGACAUGCUGCUGGCCCAGCACAGGGACUUCACGGUCCUGACGCCCGACGAGCUCGAGGACCUCGUGGGCCGGCCGGCGUCCAACAAUCCGGAGAACAAGCCGCACAGGCAGGGCCACAACACCUAGGUACCGAUCGCCUCGAGGAGGGCACCGCCUUCCGCGUCGUCGUCGUCCCCGCCGUGCUCGAGCACCACCACGCCGCCGUCGUCCGCCGCGUCGCCAGGACCAAACUCCUCCAUUCUGUACACGCAUCGUUACGAUACGCGCGAGCACAGUUUGGUUUAGAUCGAUGUGCACUCACACCGCCGCCGCCGCCGCCGCCAUUAGCGUAGGGCCCCGCACGUAGGGCCUCCUCACGCAUCUUUUCUAACGCGUGCACCGCGCAGCCGAGGGCAACCCCGCGAGCGGGACGCGACACCCUCGGGGAGGUGAUCGUAGGCUUAAAAGCGUGCGCCCCGUCGACCCGAGCGAGGGGGGACUAGCCGACACGCACGACACGUAGAAUUUCAUCGUUCCCCGGGAUACUCCGACGAGCUGAUCGGAGACGCUUCAGAGUCGAUUCAUCCCGCCGUCGAGUCGAGUGUACGAAACGGUUUUUACAGACGCGUGUGUGUCCACGAAUUUGACGUCUUACAAGUGUCUUUGAGAAACGUAUGCUUCGUACUUUACGUAUACGGCCCGCUUGCGUUUUGUAUUUUCGAUUCAAGCGUGUUGCCAGGAGUUUAUAGAUAUCGGGAGAAAAAAGAAAUUCAUCCCCCGGCGGACACGCGCUCUCUGUUCUCCGAUCCGAGGGGUGGCCGCCGAGGGUUUUUCAGCGACACGCUACGUUGCUAUAGCGCUUUGCGGUUUAAUUGUUGCCGGAAUUCUUGUCAAUGACGUUUCGACGCCGCGGACGAAUCUAUAUACGUUGACAUCCCUGAGAAAUGAUUUUCGUAAAUCUCCGACACGACGGGUGUUGAUUUCUCAAAGACUAAAUUGUGUUCAACUGACGAGUGAAUGAAGUACGUUACCGAGUAACUUCGUCGCGAAUCUCCAUUUAGACAAAGAUACAUCCAUAAGUAAGUAAAUAUAUAGAUAUAUAGAUAGCGUUGUACAACAUACAUCUUCGAUAGAGUUCGAGAAUCCUCGCGAUUUGUUAUCAAUAGGGCGAUAAAAGAGAGCAGACGACAUCGCGCGCGUACGGAGGCGUCUUCUCGCGAAUACUUGUUCGUUAAAUAUUUAAGAACGCGCUCGCGCGCCGCAAACGUCUUAACGGAGGUUGAUGCGUACAGCCCUACGUCGACAGACUAUAAUGUCAAGAUCGUUGGAAGAGGCAAAACGGCGCGCAAUAAGCCGGGAUCGGAUAAGUAACGGCGAACCUCACGAGCGAUGGAACAUACCGAGAUCGAUAUAAUACGCUUAUACAAAGUGGCGUGCGAAAAGUGGGAAUCAGCGGGGCGGGCGUUGAAUGUUCUGUGUUGCGCGCGUUUGCAUGUGUGUGUGUGUGUGCGGCGUGUGUGCGCGCGCGCCUGACCCAUUGAGUUUCAAAGUCCCCGGCAAAAAUUUGUGCGCCAGGCGCAAUUAGCUCUCACCUUCAAAACUUCUGAGCCUCUAAUCGCCCGUCCGGGAUACGGGACCUUGAUUUAUAAAUUCCCGCCGAAACGGGGUCGACGCGAGGUCGCGAGAACGCCCGGGAACGCUGAUCUCCACCUUUUUACGCGAGCCAUUAGAUACGAACGCUUUCGGAUGGAUAUUGGAUAUCGAGUCGACGACGGUCUCUCGUUAGGGAAGCGAGAAAUCUGAUAUUUGUCUCGGCCGCGCGGCGACUUAUCGAUCCAACUUCGAUAGAACGUCUCCGGCUCGAGGGCUUCGAUUCUUUAGGGACGGGAGUUCUUAUUUCGCGGCCGCGCGCGCGCGCGCGAGAGAGAGAGAGAGAGAGAGAGAGAGAGAGAGAGAGAGAGAGAGAGAGAGAGAGAGAGGGAGGGAGAGACAGAGAGUAAGCACACGGAAGUGACGCCUAACAUAGAAACAUAAAUCAAAACUCACGUAAGAGGCUAACGAUAAGUGAUUCCGAUCCACAUUUCUUCACUUUGUACGCUAAAAAGGGUAUAUCGUAUUUAGGUCUCGUCCCUACAAAUUGUCCGCAAAGAUAUUCCGUAAGAUUAUUAUUACCACGCGAUUUUGACACGCGUAUUUCACGCGCUCGACCUGCGAACGCGAUCUCGUGAGCAGGUCCAUUGUUUAAUUGAGAAUUGGCAGAUUGACGCCCAAGAAAAUACUAGCGAUACGUUUGCAGAAUUUGUUCCGAGUUUUCUCUCAUAGUAAGGAUAUUGUCUAACGAUAAGUCUCGAGCUUCUCUUGUGCGAGGAUAUACAUAUUGAUUUCGAGCGAGCAGAGUGCAGCUUCGAAGAGGAAACAUAUCUACCGAGUCGGCUACUAGUAGAGAUAUAUUUUUAUUGUAUCAUUCUAGCGCGUAUCAUACGUAUCAUACGUAUCACGCGCGCGAAGGCGGGAGAGAGCGAUCAAGAGACAAAACCUGUCCACUGUUUAUCGAUUUAAAAAAACAAGAGGUUCGCAUUUGCCGCAAGAUUCCUAUUGAAUAUUUGCCUUAAUUUCGGAGUCUAGAGAUCACCGUUGAAUAUUAACGAUAAAUUCUAUUUGAGAAAUUCUAGUCGCGGGCGAGGGAAGGGUUUAAUUAUAUAUUUAAAGGGCGCGAGUUUUUCAUAUUUUAAGGUCACCCUUCAAUUUGCCGUAUCUUCGAAUGCGGUUCGUCGCGCGCCUGGGGAGAGACCCUCGCCAGGGUAUCAUUUGCUGCGGUAGGACUUUUAAAACGUAACGCGACCUUUUGCGGGCGAGGCACAACAGGGAAGGAAUAAACGCGCGGACGUCGCCGCGCCGUUACGAUGAUAUUGCAACAACAAUGAAGUAUUGGGACCGGGAGAGGAGCUCGGGAAUUGUUUCACUCGCCGGGCGACUUUCCGCGUCUGGAACGGUUCACACCGCGGACCCCUGUUGUACGAGAAGGAUCAUACGUAAUUUUAAGAGAUUCAACGCACAGAAUUAGCCGUAAGCAUUUUUAUAAUGGUGUUCUAUGUAUAUUAAUAACUACUAAUACUAUUACCCAUCACACAAACUAAACACACACGCAGGCACACACACACACGCAUACACAGAUACACACACACACACGCACACACGCACACACAUACAACACAGAAACACAGAUAGCCCGAUUGUGAUCCGGCCGCGAAUCGGUCGGCGGAAGUGUUCUUUGUACAUGUUGAAAUCAUCAUCCCUAGGACUGAAUAGUAAAUACGCGCCUAGCCUUGUACAUACGAACGUUUGUAACGCGAACAAAACAGAAACGAAAAAAAGGGGAGACAAUUCCCAGAUAGCACUCUUUUUUUUUUAAUUCUUCGACUGUGAAACGAACUCUUUUUUUUCCACCCCAUUUCCGUUCUAAAAAUAUACUCAAGAGUUCGAAAAGAAUGUGCCCUUACGUCACCGACUCUCAGCCCUUUUUUUAAUAAGAGGAAUUUUUCUUCUCCACAUUCGGAGAGGAAUUCUUGUAGAGUUCACUUCGAACGGAUCGCAUUACUUCAUAAAGAAUUUUGUAAAAAGGGAAUCCCUUUUGAGCCUAUAACCAUCAUCCGUGCUACUUGGGAAACCGGGAUCGGUGGUGAAACUGAUCCUGAGACGAGAUAUUUGCAGAUUUUUAAUUAACGUAAAGCAGACCGUGCGUCACGACGUAACCCGUGAAAUGCAUAUCGUACGAGGAUUUUUCACGGAAACAUCAACACGUCAACCGCGAUUGCAGCGUUUCUCUGUGUUCGACGCUUCUUACAAAUGUGUUUCGCCGUACACUGUUCAUUUUAACGUGAAAUAUUAAUCGCCAAUCUUCGGGAUGUCGUUCCAACUAAAACAAAUCGCUAUAUCCGAAAGACGAGAUUGUCUGUUUGAUUACGCAAUUGACUAACCCUUAAGCACGCAACUUUUCGCAGCAUUCUGAAAUUUAAAAAAAUUAUGGCUGCUUAAGGCAUUCCUAGAAAAUAUUUAAAACAUUUCUUUUUUAUUAACUUGAACCCUACAGAUAAUUAAGGAACGUAAAACAGCCCUUAAUCUUUAGAUUCUCAAUCCCCUAAUCAAAAGUCAAAUUUAGCUCUUUAUGCGCGCGCGUUUUCAGUUUGAACUUCACGAGGGAGAGAAUACACGGAAUAUCGAGAAGUCACUUUGCAUAUAUGCAAAUUCGCGCGCUUAAGCGUUGCUCGAAGGAGUUUUUAAUUUCUUGCGCUCGAAAGAAGAUUCGACCACGUGCCAACUGGAUUAAGUUUCAGCGCGUGGAUUCCAACGUUCGCGAGGACUAGAGGGACUAGAGCCCAACCCGUGAGACGCUGCAAUCGCGGCGCUGUCGCACGAGAGAAAAUAUCUCCGUAUUCAUGCUGCAUAUAAAUGCAUCGCUUAUAAUCUUACGACGUAACAGUACGUAUAAUACCGAGAAAGUUCUACCGGAUAAGACUUAGACUUUAAUAUCGUAGCGCGUAAGUAUAAGAGAAAUGUUGUAUCGCGAAGCGUUCGCGAUGACGCGGCCAUCAUUGUUGAGGCUAACCAUCCUGGGGCGAGAUGAAAAGGGGAUGCGCGCCUUUCGUUAUUUUAAUUCCAUAUCGCUGCGGCAGUAACGCAUACUUUUACUGCGAAAUUGCUAUUUAUAUUUUAUACCAUAACGAUCAAACAUAUAAAUAUAAUAUAUAUAUAAUUGUUAUAUUAUAUAUUAUAUGUAUCGGAGAUGCAGUGUAUACGUUACAAUGUAUUCGAGGGUUUCCGACGUGAGGGGCACACACCGAACCCCUUCUAUCACUGCCAAAGAUUCAUCGUAAAGCGAGAUCACGCGAGAAACACGGACGUCACGGCAAUCGCGAGGAACGUCGGCUAAAAACGCGGCUGCGUUAAUCGAAACCUCAACAAUAUGUUCCGCCAUUGUGAACAUGUCGAAGACAUUCUGCGUAUAUAACAGCUAUUAUAUAUACGAUAUACAUAUUACAGAUAUUUUAUCGGGAACAUUCUGACUUGCUUAAAAGUUGCGUUGAUCCGUAUAUUUUGUAAGCGAAGAUUAUCAAUAGCAGUUAUAUAAUAAUAAAUAUUACUACAAUAUA